GGUUUAAGGAGUCGUUGGCAGCUGGGCAGUGGUGGCACACCUUUAAUCUGAGCACUGGGGAGGCAGAGGCAGCUGGAUCUUUGUGAGUUUGAGGAUUGUUUUCAUUGAAGCUGUCUCUACACUGACCUGGGAUUUAGGAAUCCUGUGACUUCUUGGGGAAACAGGAAGUGGAGAAGGACUAGAAAGAAGACUCUGGAGUUGUGAGGUCAGGACCCAUACCAGCUCCAAAGGAAAGGGGGCUUUGUUGUCUGAAAAGUGGUGAGACCAGGGAAACUGCUCCCCCCCCCCCCGGAAUUGCCACGGUUCCAGAGCAAUCUUCCACCAGCUUCCUGAACAAUGGAAAAAAUCCAUCUUUGAGCAACCACAUUCCCAGGGCCGGCUCCGCCUUCACUCCAGAGGUGAAGGUCGUUGGGGGCACGGAUGCCGAGGUGGGGAGUUAGUGGCAGUCCACGGGCGAGGGGAUGUGUCCCGAAGCUGCUACACUUUGGGAGGCUGAGGCUUCGGAGAGGUCAAGGAGACCUGGGAGACGCCGAUCCGCCGUAGUCCCGCACAGGUGCGCGCAGCGUGGACACUCCGCGGGGCACAGCCAAAGGCGCUGGAGUGCACUUGGAGAGUGCGGAGUGCGCGUGGGAGUUUAGCAGCCGCUCUGGAAGCCGCGGACCUGGGUAGCUCCGGCCCGGCUUCUCGCCCUUCCCCCCUCCCCAGGGUCCGCCCCGCCGCUUUGAUGGAGGUGCAAACAUUUGGGGGAGGGCGGGGGUGUCGGGACUGCGCCCGACGCUUUCCUUACAGGAAGCGCGCGCGGGAGCCCAUUGUUGGCCCCCAGCCUCCGGGCCCGCCCGGCCGGUCUGAUAUGGCCGCGCACCGCCAAUGGGCAGCUGCUCCGUACUUCAAAGGGUGUCCCGCCCAAUCCGCCGCGCCCCCCUGCGAGGCCACCUCGGAUGUAUUUAUGGGGAGGGGACCCAUUUUCUCUCCCCCAGAGACUUACUCUUGUCGCGCCUUGCGGGAGUUCAAGUGGAACCACGGCUCCCCAGGCCCUUACCCCCAUCCCCGCCCCCUUCCCCCCACAUCUCGGUCCCGGUCCUCCUUUGGCGAAUGUGCUGGGACCCAGGUGUGAUCUUUGGGCUCCGCAGAGUGAUCCUUUUUCUUGGAAAAGUGGUGGCGAGAGAAGUGAAGGUGGCUGUUGGGUAGGGAGUCAAGACUCCAGGGCGGUGGAGAGGGUGGCGGGAGGAUGAGCUCCCCGGGCACAGAGAGCGCAGGGAAGAGCCUGCAGUACCGAGUGGAUCACCUGCUCAGCGCCGUGGAGAGCGAGCUGCAGGCGGGCAGCGAGAAGGGCGACCCCACCGAACGUGAACUGCGAGUGGGUCUGGAAGAGAGCGAGCUGUGGCUGCGCUUCAAGGAGCUAACUAAUGAGAUGAUUGUGACCAAGAACGGCAGGAGGAUGUUCCCGGUGCUGAAGGUAAAUGUGUCAGGUCUGGACCCCAAUGCCAUGUAUUCCUUCCUGCUGGACUUCGUGGCGGCUGACAACCACCGCUGGAAGUAUGUGAAUGGGGAGUGGGUACCUGGGGGCAAACCAGAGCCUCAGGCGCCCAGCUGCGUCUACAUCCACCCAGACUCGCCCAAUUUCGGGGCCCACUGGAUGAAGGCCCCUGUGUCUUUCAGCAAAGUCAAACUCACCAACAAACUCAAUGGAGGAGGACAGAUCAUGUUGAACUCCUUGCAUAAGUACGAACCUCGGAUUCACAUCGUGAGAGUUGGGGGCCCGCAACGCAUGAUCACCAGCCACUGCUUUCCCGAGACCCAGUUCAUAGCAGUGACUGCCUACCAGAAUGAGGAGAUUACGGCCCUUAAAAUUAAAUACAACCCGUUUGCUAAAGCCUUCCUUGAUGCAAAAGAAAGAAAUGACCACAAAGAUGUAAUGGAGGAGCCAGGGGACUGCCAGCAGCCGGGAUAUUCCCAAUCAGGGGGGUGGCUUGUUCCUGGAGCUGGCACCCUCUGUCCACCUGCCAGCUCCCAUCCUCAGUUUGGAGGUUCGCUCUCUCUCCCCUCCACACAUGGCUGUGAGAGGUACCCGACUCUGAGGAACCACCGGUCAUCGCCCUACCCCAGCCCUUAUGCUCAUCGGAACAACUCUCCAACCUAUGCCGACAAUUCAUCUGCAUGCCUGUCCAUGCUGCAGUCCCAUGACAACUGGUCUAGCCUCGGAGUGCCUGCCCACACCAGCAUGCUGCCCGUGAGUCAUAAUGCCAGCCCACCUACUGGCUCUAGCCAGUACCCCAGCCUCUGGUCUGUGAGCAAUGGUACCAUCACCCCAGGCUCCCAGACAGCUGGGGUGUCCAACGGGCUGGGAGCCCAGUUCUUUAGAGGCUCCCCUGCACACUACGCACCCCUGACGCACACGGUCUCAGCCGCCACGUCCUCAUCCUCUGGCUCCCCGAUGUAUGAAGGGGCUGCUACCGUCACAGACAUUUCUGACAGCCAGUAUGACACAGCCCAAAGCCUUCUCAUAGCCUCGUGGACACCUGUGUCGCCUCCAUCCCUGUGAAUUGAACUCUCCUCCAUGUGCUGAGACUUGUAGACAACUGGAUCUUCUAGGCACAACAUGGCAGGCUCUUGGGACAAGGGGAGAAAAAGCUCUAUUUUCAAAUAAGAGCAACAGUACAUGUCUUAUUAUCUUGUCUCACAACCUUUUGCUUAACACCUGCAGUAGUGAUGCCAGGAACAGAGACGAGGCUGUGGUCCAAUUUCCUGUGACUGCAAGCUAGAGUCCUUUGCCUAGGGUCCUAUACCUUGUAUUUCUCUUCAACAUAGAAGUGACUUGGAAAUACUGGAAUUUGUCCUACUUUAGUGAGACACAAGGCACACUUCUAAUGUCCUCCCUUGUCGCUUUAGAGUAGUUAAUUUGGGGACAGAAACACCAUAGCCAGCGGAUUGUAACUGAACCGGAAACUGUUCUGCCCUCUGGAAGAUGCCUACUUUAAGCACGUGUAGCUUUUUGUGUUGGGAAGUCAACUGUGUGAUACUUUUCUGUUGACAAAGUAACCAAAGACAAUCUGCGGGAAGCCUUUUCUGCACAAUAAAGGCAAUAUACAGCA